AUGAAUUACCAAUUGUACAAAUUGCGAGCAUUUUGCGGAAUACUUGUGUGCAUGUCAGUAUCAGUUAGCGGGCAUCUUCGGUACUCCAUUUCGGAAGAACUGGAGCGUGGCGCCUUUGUUGGAAAUGUUGCCCGAGAUUUGAGGUUAAAUGUUGCAGAGCUUUCGGCUCGCAAUUUUCGGAUUGUCUCUCAACAUAAAGCAAAAUAUCUGGAUGUGAAUAUGAAAACAGGAAUAUUGGUCAUAAAUGAGAAAAUAGACAGGGAGCAGCUUUGCGAACAGACCCUCGAAUGUUUAAUGAAGCUGGAGGCGGUGGUGGAGAAUCCGCUGAAACUCUAUGGAGUUAACAUUGAGAUUUCUGAUAUAAAUGACAAUUCGCCCGUUUUCGAUCGAGAAGAAUUCCGCUUGAAUAUUUCAGAAAUGACGUCUCCCGGAUCCCGCUUCAGGCUGCAGAAUGCGCAUGAUCCGGACGCCGGCAGCAACAGUGUCCGCGCCUAUCAGCUCAGCCAAAAUGAACAUUUCAUUUUGGACGGGGAAAUGGCUAUGGAGCAAAUCAGUAUGCCCGAUCUUGUGCUUGAGCGACCACUCGACCGAGAGCAGCAAUCCAUUCACAGGCUAACGCUGAUGGCUAUUGAUGGAGGAAACCCUCAGAGAACCGGAACUACACAUAUUGUCAUCACGGUGUUUGAUGUGAAUGACAAUACGCCAGUUUUCGAACAGAACGUUUAUCAUAUCACCAUUGCAGAAGAUGCGCCAAUGGGUGUUUUGAUGCUGAAAGUUAAGGCUGUUGAUGUGGACGAAGGUCUAAAUGGCGAUGUGAAAUAUUAUUUCAGCGACAAUACUCCCGAGAGCGUAAGGGAACUAUUCACCGUGGACUCUGAAAGUGGAGAAAUGCGAGUAAUUGGUAGUCUGGAUUUUGAAGAAACACAAGAUUAUGAUAUUUCUAUUAAAGCUACGGACGGCGGACCUUUUGCUGUGCCUGCGUACUGUAAAGUCAUUAUCAAAGUUACCGAUGUAAAUGAUAACUCUCCUGAAAUAACAAUUACCUCCACCUUCACGCCAAUUCGAGAACACGCUCCGCUAGAGACUGCAGUAAUUCUUUUAAAAGUUACGGAUGCAGACACUGAUCACAAUGGAGACGUUUCGUGUCACAUUGCAGAUAACAUCCCCUUUAAACUUGAUAGGUCUUUUAAUAACUAUUUCACAGUGUCCACUACCAGUGACAUAGAUAGAGAGAAAAACACUGACUUCAACGUUACAAUUAUAUGCACAGACGCAGGCUUCCCUCGACUCCACACCAGCAAAACUAUUCAAGUUCAGAUCUCUGAUAUAAAUGACAACGCGCCUCGCUUUACGCAAGCCGAGUUUACCAUAUAUGUGGAGGAAAAUAAUGUUAAGGGUGCUUCGAUUGGUUCGGUAUCAGCAUUUGACCCGGAUUAUAGUCAUAACGCACAAUUGAGUUUCUCUAUUUUGGAUGACCUUGUUAAUGGAUUGCCUAUAUUAAAUGUCAUCUCUAUCAAUUCAUCCACUGGUGAGAUACAUGCGCAACAGUCACUUGAUUAUGAACAAAUCAAAAAGUUUCAGGUCCAUGUUCAUGUAAAAGAUGCUGGGUUCCCACCACUCAGUAGUAAUGUAACCGUGAAUAUAAUCGUCACAGAUCAGAACGACAAUGCCCCUGUAAUCCUGUCACCUUUACCAAAUAAAGGUUCCACAGUGGAGGAGACAAUACCCAAAUCUGCAGAUUCGGGUUACUUGCUCGCAAAGGUGAUAGCCACAGACGCAGAUUCUGGACUAAACGCCCAAAUUGUCUACCAACUUCUCCAGCCCACUGACAGCAGUUUGUUUACUAUAGCUCCUGAAACAGGAGAAAUUUGGACAAUUCGCCGAUUCGUACUUAGAGAUUCGCUCAGGCAAGUCGUCACAAUUUUGGUCAGGGACAAAGGCACACCAUCACUUUCAUCUACAGCCACCAUCAAAGUAUCAGUGCAGGAUACCAUGACAGAAAAUGCAUCUAAGAUUUCCAAAGUGUCGACUUCUGGGCCGUGGAAAUCAGAUGUAAAAUUAUAUUUAAUUAUUUCAUUUGGCACAACCUCAUUCAUUUUACUGUUGGCUAUUGUAAUUCUCGGCGUUAAGGUGCAGAGAGAUGGAACGGAAAUCAGUAAUUGUUGCUGGAGCCCAUCAUACUAUUCCAAAAGGGAUUCUCUACAUGGAAGUCAAAAGGCAAGUGUGAAUCUUCAAAUGCCACCCAAUUAUAAAGUGGGAUAUAAAAACGAAGACCCACCACAAGAGUUUUCCUAUGACGUGCAUGCAGAUACAGCUAUGAAUGACUUCAUGUUUCUAAAAUUGGACGGUACAGCCGCACCCAUGAUUAACAUAAAGACUGGUUUUUGUGUCAAUGAGAAGUCCUCAAAAAGUUCAAGCAAUGUAACCACUCAAUUUCAUGAGGACCCAAAGUCUGGCAAAGACAUUACGAAAUUAAACACAAAUAAUGGCUUUCAGAGAAACUUGGCAAGCGACAAUCCGAAUUAG